CCUGCAUCUUCAAUACGACAUGUAGGCAAUCAAUCGGAAUUAUGUACGAUGUAUGUACGUUAAAACCGAGUAGCAGAUAAUGUGCUUUCCUUGGAAUACAAAAGCAUCACGUAGAGCAACCAAGAAGAUAUGGUGGGAACCCUUGUUUGCAUUAAUCGAGCAUACAUACACAUUGCGAAUCGAGACUUGGUCUGAAGAACCUCACCAGAGAUUACAAUUGCCAGUCACUAUGUCACACACAGAAGAGUUAAAACAGGAAUACAAAGAACAUGCGCGUGCCUACAACGAAGAGUACCCCGCGCUCCCACACGGCAUCCUGGAGACGCAACUACUAGCAUCCGCACUAGGCGACUGCACAGGCUACACCGUCCUCGACCUGGGCGGUGGAACCGGCGUGCGCGCGCGGCAAGUCAUCGACCUGGGCGCCACUAGCGUCGACGUCGUCGACCUAUCCCCGGACAUGCUCGACGCAGGGCGCCGGACCGCCGAGCGCGCGGGAGCCAAAUACGCCGAUAGCAUCGGGUGGCACGAAGGCGACGUCGCGAAGCCGCUGUCCCACCUGCCGCUGCGCCAGACCUACGACCUCGUCAUGGCCAACUGGGUCAUGGACCACGCGGCUAGCCUCGUCGAGCUCGAGGCUAUGUGGCGCAACGUCGCCGCCUACCUCGCCCCGGGCGGCCGCUUCGUCGGCGUACACUGCGGCGAUCCGUACGCGCCCUGCGCCGCGCAGGGCAAGUACGGCAUCAGGUAUAAGGACUUGCGGGACGUGCCCGGAGGCGUCUUCUUCCGGUACGAGGUGGCGACCGUGCCGCCCAUCGAUAUCAUGGCCACGUCGUGGGAAGCGACGUACUCUGGGUCGACGGAGAUGAUGGAUAAGGUUGGUCUGGGAGAGAUUGAGACGGAGCCGUAUGAGAAUGCGGAGGUGGUUAAGAAGGACCUGGGGUUUUGGGAGCAGUUCUUGGAGAAUCCGUUCAUGGCGGUUGUGAAGGCGCGCAAGUUGGCGAGGACGUGAAUACAGUUUACAUAUAGGGGGCUUCUAUAAAUACGGGCUCUUUUCUUCUUCUGGAACGAAAUAUUGCUGUUCAGUUGAAUGCUUGUCUUUAAUCUUGAUGGAGGGAAUAGGGGAAAGGGGCAACUCAGGAGUACCUUAAUGUUAAUUAUUGAUGUUAUUAUGAAUUUUUUUUUUUAGCUAGUUAAUAUAUCCAAAGCUAA